AGGCAGAAAAGGAAACUAAUUGAGGGAGGCUGGGGAGGGAAGCUUUUCCCGUAAUUAUAUCAUGAAGGCGGCGUUGUCCUCCCCUUCCUGUGUUCUCUCGCGUCUCAGACGCAGUCCAGGUGAUGUGAACAGCGAACACGGUGGAUUUCUGUCAUUGCAGGCACAGGCGCAUCAUUCUGCUCUGUCCAAGCCUCAAAGCCUCUGAAGGAUGUCUGAGGGAGACAUUACAGUGCUGCCAUUCGGACCUGCGUCUCUGGAUCUGUCCAGGCAGGAGCACCGGAAACUGACCAGGCUGUACAGCCGGAACGGAGGAUAUCACCUGAGGAUUUUACCUGAUGGAACCGUGAGUGGUGGGAGGAAGGACAACGACCCCUACGACACCCUCAGUCUGAAGGCUGUGAGUGUGGGCGUGGUGGUCAUCAAAGGUGAGAUGACAGGAAGGUACCUGGCUAUGAACAAAAAUGGACACCUCUACGGAUCACAAGCACUGAAUGAUGAGUGUUACUUCCUGGAGAAGUAUGAAGAAAACCACUACAACACAUAUUGCUCUCAGAAGUACAAGUGGUAUGUUGCCCUGAAGAGGAACGGCCAACCCAAAGCAGGACCAGACACCCACCAGGGUCAGAAGGCCAUCUUUUUCCUGCCAAGGCCUGCAGGCAACAUGUAAAGCAAGACAGCACCAGGAAACAUGGACAUGCUCACUGAAGUCUUUAAAUGCACAUUAAUAGUGAAAUGUUACGCCGGGCAAAGUAUCCUAUUUAAAGGUCACUUAAAAUGAAUAGAGUAGCCUGAGGCGAACACAUAAUGCUGUUUUUUUACAGUUAGUUCAAGCUCUGUUUCAAAGUGUUUGUUUAUCCCUUUUUAUGCAGGGAAUAUGUGAUCAGGCUAUUUCAGCUCAUGUAACCAGCUUAUACAUGAUUAUCACAUGGAUAUGAAGUAAGAUCCAGAAUACUUUCUGCAUAUAAGCACAAGUACAGCCUCUCACAGCAGACAGAAAAUGUAUCAGUGCAUAACCGUCUUCAUAAAUGAGUGUUCACUUCAAACCCUGGUAUGAAAUACCACUGCUGGGAGACAGCAAUGGACAGCUUUUACAAAGACAUAGUUUCAUAAUUGAUCAUGUCUGGAACAAAGAAAACCAAUGAAGAAGAGAAAAUAAAAAUGCCGACCAUCUGGAUUUGAAUACAAAUUCAAGCAAACAAAGGUUUUUAACAUCUACAGUAGAUGGAAUAAGAGGAAUACUAUAAUUAUUCCAGUUGCCUAACAGUAUGUCAGUAGGGUGGAUGAUUUGACAACUUUACUAGUGACUACUUUUAAUUUGCUAAAGCCUGUUUAAUGUGUAAUCAUAUUGUUAUUAUGAGCCUGGGUCAGCUGACAGUCUUUUUCAAGUCAAAUGUGAAAACUUUGUUUGAGUUAUGAGUGAAGUUAUUAUUGAGUUGUAUGUUGAAGCAAAGGAGGAACCAAAGCAGAUUUAACAUCACAGUGACACCAAAUGCUCCAGUGUGGAUUAUUUGACUUUAGUUAUGAGGAGUCAGAGACGGACCGAACAUUGACCUUUCCUGUCCUAGUCCACAGAGGUUACACAAACUUCCUUUCACUAGGCCUCACAGUCCAACAGAGAUUUCUGCAAACCUCUUCCUUUCUCUUUUUGUUGGAACACAUGUUACUGUUACAUUUCACUAGGUUAAAUUACUAUUGUGAAUAUUUAUUUAUAACCUUUUAUUGCUAUUAACUUCACUGGACAUUGUAAUGGACAU